GUUAUUGGGUUAAAGUGGGAACCGCGGUUCUGUACGGCUGGUGAUUGCAGAGUCUCGGAGAGGAGAGCACCUUUCCCUGAUCAUCUGACGGCAGAGCAGACGGCUCCUCCCCGCUCCCUCCCGUUUCUGCUACGCAAAGCAGCGGCUUGUUGGGCACAACUCUCCCCGGCGUUUCUGGGCACAGGCUCGUCUGCGCGACCUGAGACGGGAAUCGAGUUCUCCUCUUUGAACAAACGAGGACUCCCGUACCCCCCUGGUGUCUGUCUUUAGAUGAAUCAGUGAUGAGAGGAGAGACGGACGCUUUUCUUCCUUCUCUUCCAUGUGGACCGGCAGUGCGCCAAAGUGCGCUCCGUGGUUCAGCAUCAUCACCACCGCCACCACCACCAUCACCAUCACCAUCCCCAUCCUCAGGUCCUGAGAUCAACCCAAACCCAAGAGGCGCGCUGAGAUCCUGAACCCCGUGCGAGAUGAGCUGUGGACUGCCGAUGAUUUCUCCUCUUCCUCCAGUUCAAAUUGAAUGGCAGACAAAGACUGCACUUCUCACCGCUCUUGUUAUCACUGAGCUCGAAAAGACAGAUCUAGUCCACGGCUAAACCAUUGUCUCCUUUUUUUUGUUGCUUCCAUCUCUUAAGCCAAUCUCUCCUCUCUGUGCCAUUACCAUGGCUUGUUUUCUGGCAUCCGCCUUUCUUCUGGUUCUCCAGACAUACGCUGCCCCAACUGAGCUUGCCCAGGCAGGAUUUGGCAUAACACUGGACCCCAUGGACCUUGAUCCUGGAGUACCUGUCAAUGUCUCUGGAGAUGUACCCUCAUCUCCACCCCCAGGGACUAGUAAAAGAGCCCCGCACAGUAUCAUUAUUGGGGUUCGCAAGGGGGGCACAAGAGCGUUGUUGGAGAUGCUAGACAUCCACCCUGAGGUUGCCGCUGCUGCCACCGAGGUGCAUUUCUUUGACUGGGAUGAGAACUAUGCCAAGGGCUUUGAUUGGUACCGUGACUUGAUGCCCUACUCUUACCCUAACCAGAUCACAGUGGAGAAGACUCCAGGUUACUUUACGUCAGCCCUCGCUCCAGAACGCAUCUGCGCCAUGAACUCGUCCAUAAAGUUGCUACUGAUCUUGCGAGACCCGUCCGAGCGGGUUAUCUCCGACUACACCCAGGUGUACUUCAACCGGCUGGAGAACCACAAGCCGGUGCAAGCCAUUGAGAACCUGCUAGUGCGCAACGGAGCACUGAAUAUCCGGUACAAGGCCAUUCAGAGGAGCCUGUAUGACGUGCACAUGCGCAACUGGUUGCGCCACUUCCCACUGGAACAAAUGCACAUCGUAGAUGGGGAUGCUCUGAUACGAGACCCCUUGCCGGAGCUUCAGAAGGUGGAGCGUUUUCUGAACUUGCCCCCAAGGAUAGUAUCCUCCAACUUCUACUUCAACCAGACCAAGGGGUUUUACUGUAUCCGAAGCGAUGGUCGAGAGCGCUGUCUGCAUGAGUCUAAGGGACGUCCUCACCCCGCCGUCAACAGCACCGUCCUCCAGCAGCUCCGCACCUACCUACAAGAACACAACCGAACCUUCUUUAGGCUGGUGAAGCGCACCUUCGACUGGCAAUGAGGAACCUAGAUCGAUCACAAAGCGGACUAAAGGGAGCCGCAGCCUUGUCGGGGAUGAGGACAAAAACGGGGCAUGAAGCACUUUACUCAACUAAUAAAACCCCCUUUGAAUGACCUCUUUAUACCUACUGUUGUGAUCUUUGGUUUCAGCAGAGCACUUCUAUAUUUACACGAUAAGGCAACAAAAACUAUAAACUGUAACUAGAGGCGUAAGAUUAAAUGGAAGAAUCUCAAAGCUUAAUAAGUCAUUAUCUCUGUGUUGGAAGUGAAAAACUGAAACUGAUUAACUUUUUUCCCCUCUUUCUUGUUUGAUAUUCUCGUUCUUGAUAAUAAAUUGUUCUGCUUUCAAAUGUA